GCGCUGCCGCCGCCUGGACGCAUUCCCACUCGCCGCCGCUCACCUGCGUAGCCUUUAUGGACCGCAGCUCGAAGAGGAGACAAGUGAAGCCUCUGGCGGCUUCCCUGCUGGAAGCUUUAGAUUAUGAUAGCUCUGAUGACAGUGAUUUUAAAGUUGGAGAUGCUUCAGAUUCUGAAGGAAGUGGUCAUGGAAGCGAAGAUGCAUCAAAGGACAGUGGAGAAGGUUCCUGUACUGAAUCAGAAGAAAAUAUAUUGGAGGAGGAACCAGCAGAAGAGAAAGUAGAAGAGCAACAGCCAAAGAGCUCUGCUGAAGAAGUGCCAACAGCAGACAAAGAGAUAAUUAAAACUGAAAAGAAGGAGCAAGAAGAUGAAGAAGAGAAGCCAAAAAAGAAGAAAGAAAAAGAGAAAGCAGCAGAAACUGAUCCUGUGGCUGAUGAACAAGCAAGUGAACCAAAAAAAUGGAAUUUGCGCAGGAACCGACCUUUACUGGAUUUUGUGUCAAUGGAAGAACUAAAUGAUAUGGAUGAUUAUGAUAGUGAAGAUGACAAUGACUGGCGGCCUACUCCUGAGAAGAAAAAAGGGAAAAAUGCACUGCGAAAAGAAGGGAGUGAUGGAGAUAAUGAGGAUGAUGAAGAUGAUGGGAGUGGAAGUGAUGAGGAUGACAAUGAUGAGGAAGGUAACGAAGAAGAUAAUAGCAGCACAGCUAGUGAUGGAGGAUCCAAGAAGAAGAAGAGUAAAGUUCUUAACAGAAAUAAUGCAGAUGAUGAGGAACUGACAAAUGAUAGCCUGGCUCUUUCACAAAGCAAGAGUAAUGAGGUAGUGCAACCAACUUUCUAUAAUAUAUCUCUUGAGAAAUGGAAACUACUCCCCAGUGCUGUUCUUUAAUUUGAAAAGUUAAAC